CGUAUGGUCGGAUGACACUUGCGCCGGUCCUUUCAGACGCAGUCGAACGGACGAGGAGGUCAGAUCGCGCGACUCGCGCCGGCGAUCAGCCAAGAGGGUACUUCGUCAAAAAACCUCUCUUGCGUCUAUCAGACAAAUUGGACACUAGUUUCGAUCCAACCACGGGAUUCCUAGUCCGUAAGUGUCGUAACGAAUCAAACCAAAAACAAAAGAAAGGCAAAAAGAAACACACAGAGAAUGAACAAGCAUCGUUCGUGACCCUCGGCAAACCCAACGGUCCGGUGACAUAUACCGCACCGUUCGUAACCACGUGAAAAAGAAAGAGGACCGUUCAGCCAUCCGUUCCGCUCGCACGCCGGUUUCCCGACUUCGUUUCCGUACGCGUUUCAUUUCACUUUGCAACGGAGUUGUGUUCGACUACUUCACCAAGACCCUACUUGGACCGACCCGUGUCACCGUAGAAGAGUCCACUCACCGGUGAUAUCCGAACGUUCAGGUCGCAGCAGCCCAGCGGAGCCUAAGAAACCGCUUGGAAAUCCGAGAGAAUUCGUUCGAUUCCGUUGGCAGAACGGGCUCCAAGAAACGAGAAGCUCGAGACUGCGGCGAGGGACUGGUCCUUCGGUUUUGGCCUACUUCUCAUUCGAAUCGUUCCUGAGAGAAACAAAUACGUCUAAAUGUGUUCCAUAGCGAUGCCCGCUGAGCUGCUUCUGGGGCACAGUCCGCCAGUGUAUAGCUCGUUGCUGUACAGCCCCUUGGUGGUAACGGCACCGACGAUUACCAGCAGGUCGGUGCCGCCCAGGAUAAGGCCCUGCCUUUCGUCCGGUUCCCUGGCGAUUAACAACAUACGCAGCAGCAACGAUGGUAACAACAAGCAGAAGAAGAGGGUGGUGUUCGCGGACGACCGUGGUCGUCCUCUUACCCAGGUCCGCGUGAUGUCGGAGCCGAGCAACGUGCCGCCUUUAUGGAGUACAGCGUACCUGGCUGGCUUAACGGGCCGGCUACUCCACUCGAAAAUAGACAACGACGAGCCGACGGAGGUGGCGUCGCCGUGGCAGGUGACUUUCCCCCAGCCGGCCAGCGAUUACUUGGCCUUCCGGCGGAAGCUCGACCAGGGGAACGUCAGCCUGGAGAACGUGAUCGUGAAGGAGUCGGAGCAGUGUCUGGUGGGUACGGUGAAGGUGCGGAAUCUAGCGUACGACAAGGAGGUAGUGGUCAGGGCGAGCAACGACUCGUGGAAGACCCACGAGGACGUGCACUGCACCUACGUCGAGCAACCGGGCGCGCCUGCCUUGAUCCUCUACGACACGUUCCGGUUCCGUUUGACUCUGCCGCUCAAGUCCAACGUGGUGGAGUUCUGCGUGAGGUAUCGCACCGACGGAAAAGAGUUCUGGGACAACAACGACGGCGAGAACUUCAUCGUGCGCAAGAAACUGGAGCCCCGAGCACCGCCGAAACGCUACGACAUCUUGACCACGAAGUGCGACGGUUUCCCGAGCAACGUUUCCCGCGAGAACAGCAUACCGCGCAUCUCGGACGCGACCAGGGCGAACGUGCGCACCUGGAGCGAGUUCGCGUCGUGGCAGCACCUGGCGAACGACGCGCCGUACUGGUGAACCGAGAACGGUCCUCGUCAAACGAUGUACGAAGUCGUACGAAUUCUUCCAAUCUACUUGGUUAAUUGUCGAGGCGUAGAUCACGCGGGACGAGGCGUCGCGGCGCGCGACAUACGAUGGACACGGUCGUAUGAAGCGUGUGUCGUCGGGACUGGCGCCAGGAACAGAGGAGCGGAGAAGAGAAGCGCCGGCGAGAGAAGGGAAGAAGCGAUAUGGACGCGACAGUUGAGCUGAAAUUAGAGGGAUCACAUGCGAACACGCGACAACUCACUCACUCACUCACUCACUCACACGCACGCACAUACACACAUGCACACGCACAGAACGAGCCAGCAUCACACGCUCUCUUGCACGGAUAUGGGAAAAGACGCGAUUGGAGGACAAAAGCGCGGCGCGGACCGAAGAGGAGAGGCACUGGUCGCGUUACUUCUACGAUAGCAACGUGCGGAUUAACUGUACACACACGGAUCCACCGGCGCAGCUGGGCGACAGUGGCAACACCUUGGAACGGCCGUGCGAUCGGCACGAUCGCCGAAGAUCAUCUUCUCCCGAGAGCGAGCGACUGGCCGCAACACGGUGACACCACCGCCGCGUCGCUUCUUCUCGAUUGUCGUCUUCUUCCUACUCGCACUCCUCUAUCCUGGAAACUUGGCUGGCUAAGCCGAGGACGUGUUCCGUCAAGAUGACUCCAUCUUCGGGUUGACCGAACUCUCGCUGGUCUCGUCCAUUCAUUCUCUCUGUCUCUCUCUCUCUCCCUAUCUUUUCAAUUCUAUCUCUCUCUCUCUCUUUCUCUGCCUUUGCUCUCUGUCUGUCUCUCUUUCUCUCACUGUCUCGCGCUUCACUCUAUUAGCGUUGUGCACACCAACUUGGACGGAUUAUUUGUUUUUUAAUCGGGACUCUUACUGGGUGGGUCAAGGGUUUAUUCACCGACACGUGCAACAGUCUAACUGGGACCGAACACACGAAAGCUUCACUGUACAUUCGUUUUCCUUUGUUGUUGUUGUUUACGAUGAGCUCGUGACGGGAAAUUCUAACGAGAUUACCGAGUCAUCCCUUAGGGAGAACCGAGAACUUAUGGCGCACGGUGAAACUUUCGUGUCCGUUCCGCGAGAAGCAGUCUUAAACCGGAACGGAGAGACAUCAGGACAGCGUGCUCCCAUAUCCGUGAGAAGCGAUCGAAAGGAUUCGUUCGGGGACGAGUGAGCGUUACACGAUAUAUGUACAUAUAUAAUAAUAGGCUGACUAUGAAACUGACGAAUAUUCAGUCUACGCCUCGCUCGGAACGAAUUCGUUUCAAGAAUCCACCGGACGCGGAACGUUCGCACGGGCUGCUAGAUAUUUUUGUAUUUUCUUUCCCGGGGGAUUCCCGCAGCCGCCUGUGCGAACAUUCGGUAUACAGCGGCCGUACGACGGACAACGGACUCCGGUCUGCGACUCUCUUUUGCUUUCUUCUCUAUUGUUUCCAAGAAGAGGCGCGAAAAGCGAGCUCUGUCGCCUGUUAUCGUCGCACCGCGGAAUGCACGCUCUCCGCGCGUGAAUGUACGACUGGUUCGUACGAGGAACACCAUAGGGCACGCGUUCGUUGUACGCGUCGUUCGCAAAAGUGGCUCGGCGCCACCGAGAACGCGGAUACUGGGAGAAAGAGAGGUUAGAGAGAUUGCUGGGACGCUUGACGAUUCUAGACAUGUGAUCCGUAGACGGUGACAGCUUCGCGAUGGAUUUUCUCGUUAGCACAGGGCCUUGUAACUCUCGAACCCCGGUUGACCGGGUAUUGGAACAGGUUUUCAAUUUUCAACGCAUCGUCGGUGGAACGUAGUUUCUUCUCCUCUGCCAGCAAUCAUUCUCGUUGUAAACAGUGCGAAGCGUUUUAUCCUCUGACGUCGAUCCUCGCGCGAUCAACGCUCCUCGAUCGACUCUGGUGACUUGCUGCUCUAGAUCGGUACACGACGGCCUGCUCACGGCCUACGAAGAGGGCUCGGUGUACACUUGUUGGCGUUGUUAACGUUUUUAGAGUUUUAUCUUGUCCCGCGGAACCUCUGGAUCAUCGCGCCUCGCGCCGUACGCGCACGCUUCUCCUUGAACGUCGCUGUAAAUCUCACUCGCCGUUGGGCGGUCCGGAGCCGUCACGUGAUGCCUUCGGGGCGUGUCGCUGGCCAGCGGUUCUCAACCCGCGUUCCGGUACUCUCGCAAGUACUUAAGCCUCGCGUUGAAACUCUUACUCGGAACUCGAAGCGACGGCUCCCUGGGGGGUCGCGUGGUCGCCAGGCAUUCGUUAGGAAGACAGUAGCAGACGGUUCCCCGAUUUUCCACCGAUUCUCCACCGAUUCCCCUUUCACAGACUAUAGACAAUAAUCUCGGAUCUUAGCGGAUCUGCCCGUUCAAUGAUUCACCGACCAUCCGAUUGAUUAGUACUUAACUUUGUAUACAACUGCAUACUCGUUUGUUUGCGUAUACACAAUAUACACACGCAUAGAAGUACACGUGUACAAUAUGUUUCUCUUUUGUAAACGGAUCUCCAGAGAAAAGCUGCCAGUGUGUACCAGGUGUGACAAGAAAUUCUUUUUUAAAUUCUUGAUAAAUUUUGUUUGUUUGUUUGUUUUCUUUUUUAUUUGAACAGCGUUAUGUAUAUAUAGAUAUGAUAUUUAAUACUCGUUAGAAUGUGAACUGCGAACAAGACUAAUCCACUUACCGUUGAGAUUCGUCUCCCGGCUAUUGCCAAUCCCCUCACCCCCUGACGUUGCGAUCACUUUCCGAGUUUCCAGGAUCAGCUCCCUCAUUUGUUUCCGCUGUACCUUGUACUCGAUUCAUUCCAGACGUAUCGCGCACGCAUAGAAUCGACCGCCGCUAAUUGAACCACGGAAGAAUAUCUCGAACGACUAAGCGUAUUAAGGAAAACGGAACGAACGAAACGAUUUGUCGAUCCACAACGGGUAUAUAUCGCGUACACACGAUCGUCCGAUGAUCGGUGCCGUUCACCGCGGCACGUUGAACGUUGAACGACAGCGAUCAUUCGAAACACGAAACAAUGAUUCUCCUGAUAACACGUACGAAACAAUAGAACUUUUCUUUCUCUCUUUCUCUCUUUCUCUCUAUCUCUGUCUCUAUCUAUCUAUCCAUCUCUCACACACACACUCUCUCUCUCUCUCUCUCUCUCUUUCUCUCUAUAAACAUAUAUACAUAUAUACAUAUACAAAUAUAAUAUAUGUAUAUCUCUGAGUGUCUGUGAAAAUCUAAUUGGCGAUACAAGUCGAGAACUGAGUGAUUUCAUGUUGAAACUACGAGUAAUUAACGGACGUGAGAUUGAAUUCGAGGACACCCCGUAUAGAGCGCGAUAAUUAUAUAUAUGUAUAUAUUAAAAUAGUUACAGGCAAAGCGGAAAUCAGUCGAUCGUAGCCGAGACGAGCGCGCGUCGUUAGAGAGUGCCUCGUGCAGGGUUGCCACCUUUCCGCGUCGGAUCUUGCGGAGCAGAUAAUUGAUCGCCGACGAGAACGAGCGUCGUUUGUACAGAAACCGGGAAAGGUGGCGACCCUAGAGUGUCUUACUCGUUUCCUCGGUGUAAAUUUCGAGCAGCCUUAAGCCGUGUUCCCACCCGAGCGACGUUGCAAAGUGCCUCUCGAUAAGUCGUGCCUCCGAUAGAGAAUCUUGUAGAGAUAAUUGUCUUCGUCCACGGUGUGUGUACAUAUACGUGUAUGCGUGAAACGAGAAACGCGAGUCGCCUGAAAAUUUUUUUACAAUUUUUUAUCCGCUCCCCCGAAUGAUUCGUUUAUAGAGGCAUACAGAUUAUAGUCAGUCAUUGUUGAAAGAGGCCCCCUUCCCAGCCAACCCGUGUUCCGCUCGGGAGGGAGAUGAAUGUGUAUAUGCUCGGAUAAGUUAUUUAUUUGCAAUCGAUUGUAUUUAGUGUCGUAGUGCGUUUGUCGAUCGCGUUUGUAUGAAUCUGUUGAAAUGCCGCUCGAUGUUCCUGUACUAUAGUAACGAACGCGGAAUGGGAGGAAGCUCCGCGAACGCUGGCCGGAGCUCAUUGCGUCUCCGGUGGGAACACGGCUUAACCUCGUCUCGCGUACAGAAACUAAACGGUGUGUUCGUGCCGUUCGCGCGAUCCAUGCUAUUGUAAACGAGAAGCGACGCCGACUACGUAACAAACACAUUGCAACCAGCACAACCGUCGGAAGAGACGACGCGUUCCAAGCGAGACCGCGAAUCGAAAAGUCCCCGGGUCUCUUCCGACGAUCGUCCGAGACGUUAGGUGCGUCAGCGAAGCCGGGUGUCCGUGAUUUAGUUAAACAAGCUCGAAUUAGUGUUCCUAUCGCCUCGAGAUUGAUCAAUGUACUAACAAAACAGAGACAAGCAUACGCAUUGCAACGGUACGGCGAGACACGGUGGACCCAACGGACCCAUGCUCGGGGUCCGGUAUUCAUUAGGCUAACAGCGAGACCAGUGUUGUGUUCAAGAGCCAGCUCCUAGAUUAUUAUUCUGUUCAGAUCAGUUCUGGAAGAUACUCGAAAUACUCAAGAUAUUGUAACGUUAUAGAUGCAUAGAGUUUUUUACACUGGUUUAUACAAUGUCGCAAAUGCCGCGAGCACAGCCAGAGACUAUUCGAAAACGCGCGCAACCCAAAGAAGAGAUUCGCACGGGCCCACGAAGAGGAGCCAUUUGUCUGUUUUUUUACAUUCGUGGGUCCCCGUUCUUCACCGUGUCGCGCAGCGUCGUUCACCUUCAGUUAUACAAUUUCCUCUUGAGAGCCGCAAGACUGAUAACUUAACGCAGGUACACGGUCUGUACAUAGUAUCAUUAUAAGUUGUGGGAUUGAGUUUCGUUAAAACUCGCAGACGAGUUGAACGGUUCGGUUAUCGCUGCGGUCGCCGGUGCGUCGAUGUUCCUAUGAUGAUGAUGAUGAUGAUGAUGAUGAUGACGAUGAUGAUGAUGAUACGUUCGUGGUCGAGAAACCUUUAUUGUUUAGCCGAACCUCUGUUCUUUUGUAUAUGUCGCACAGUCGCGAGAACGCGCGACCGUAGCUUAUAACGAGGGAAAGAAAAGAAGAAGAAGAAGAAGAAGAAGAAGAAGAAACGUCUUCCUUGCCUAGUUAUUUCUCGUUUUCACUAGGGAACGAAGCGACAGAUGGUUUUAUACGAAACUCUUCUCUGCCGCGGCAGGUCCGGCGUUGAGUUUACUCGUGAAAGUGCGUUUUAGGCUUUGCAAGAACCGUACAUCCCCCCGCCAACCCCCCGCCAGCCGCCGUUAAUCUUUUGCUCGAUACAUAUCCGUGCGGUGUAAUUUUCCUUCGUGUCGCGUCGGUUUUAAUUCGCCCCUCCCUCCCUCGCUCCCUCCCAGCCCCUGUGAAUAGCGUUUUCUUUUUGUAUAUUGGUAGUAUUCCUAGGUUGAGAAUGCUCUUUUUAUUCCUAGCGCUCGAUGCCCGACAUUAGCCUCUAAGUGCCGCGUGUUUAUUGUUACUAUUCAUAUUUUUUAUCGAUAUCCAUCGAUUAUUAAUUGCUGUUACUAUUAUCUCCUUUAUUUUCUUUCUCUCUCCCUCCCUCUCUGUCUCUCUCUCUCUCUUUCUCUCUUUUUGUUUUCCUUUUUUUCUUUUGUCUUUUUAAAUUUGAUAAUCGAUACGACUGCGGGUAUUCAUUGUUGUACAAAGCGGAACGCGUCUACAUUUUUAUCGGAUAACGUAAGAUGCUCAUAUACAGUACGCAUUAUUCGGGUAAUUAAUUUGUAAAUAUACAAACAUGUUAUUGAACAGACUAAUUAGCAAUAAAAUAUUUUUAGGUGGGAUGUGUUAAACCA